AGCUGGUCCAACUGGUGGCAAAUUGUUUUGCAGUAGUACAUUGUACGUGGAGUAAUUUACCCCCGAGGCUUGUGUUCAAAUUGGGCGGGUACUAAACAAAUGAAACAGGAUUCUUUAAUCUCAGUCAAUUCAUGAGGCAGAGGACGCUGUUCAAAAUGACGCCACUAGUUCUGUUCGUUCUUUCUCUGCUUGUGUGUACAACAUCCGCGUCUUCACGGCCCCGUCAUGUGCUAUUUAUAGUAGCAGACGAUCUCGGUUACAAUGACCUAGGUUACAUGAACAAUGCCAUGCUGACACCUAACAUUGACACAUUAGCCCUCACAGGGACGAGGAUGAGCCAAGCGUACGUCAUGCCGCUAUGUUCUCCGUCUCGGUCUGCCUGGAUGACUGGAUACAUGCCGUACCACACUGGUCUCCAACAUUCCGUCAUACAGGAAUGCCAGCCAGUCGGACUUCCGUUAAACCUAACGACACUUCCGGAACGAUUAAAAAAAAUGGGCUACAGAACUCACAUGGCAGGAAAAUGGCAUUUAGGAUUCUGCAACUGGGCCUACACGCCAAGGUUUCGCGGGUUCGAUUCAUUCGUCGGAUACUACGUUGGUAUGGAGCAAUAUUUCAGUCACAUGCGAGAGUUCCGAUCUUCAAGUAACGGUCUUGAUUUUCGUUAUAAUGAAAUGCCAUACCCUGAGAAAAAAGGUGACUAUUCGACACAUGUAUUCGGAGACAGAGCUGUACAGGUCGUGAAAGAGCAUAAUUUGUCAGAGCCGUUGUUCCUGUAUCUUCCGUUCCAAGCAGUGCAUUGGCCGCUUGAAGUUCCUGCGAAGUAUGAAAACAUGUAUAAACAUGUGUCCAAUAUUCCACGCCGAAAGUACAGCGGGAUGGUGUCGGCAAUGGACGAGGCUGUCGGCAAUGUAACUGCGGCCUUGAGAGAGAGAGGGAUGCUGGACGAGACCGUUAUAUUCUUUACUACUGAUAACGGGGGUUACCCAGUUUACGCUGGUAACAAUUGGCCCCUGAGGGGCGCGAAGACCACGCUAUGGGAAGGAGGGACUCGCGGACUAGCUUUCGUGAACGGACCGGGUGUUAAGAAGGGCGGCACUUACCCUGGGCUCUUUCACGCUGCGGAUUGGUACCCGACAAUUCUUGGAGCGGUCGGUGCAACGGCUGAACCUGGUAUCGACGGAAUUAACCAAUGGGACUACAUCAGAAACAAUUCAGGUCCAUACCCGAGACAGGAUAUGGUCUAUCAGGUCGACAGCAUGUCUCGACACGGGGCAUAUCGCUUUGGCGAUUUCAAAUUAAUCGUGGGUUCUCCAGGGAAACUGAACGACUGGUAUCCUGUCCCAACCUUCGAGCAUGGGACUGGAUUCGCGGAAUAUAUCACUGAGCGCUAUCUGGAGUCGCUGAUGGCAACUGAAGCCAACCGCUCGCAUAUGAUCCAGUAUCGAUUGUUUAAUAUUCGUGAGGACCCGCAGGAACGCGUUGAUCUGUCUACUGUGUAUCCAGAUAUUCUCAGAGAGUUGCUCACCAGGUACAAGAAGUACGCCGCCACCGAAGUACCAGCGAACUUUCCCCCGAACGAGAAAAGAGCGGAUCCGAAACAUUUUAGUGGAGUGUGGAGCCCAGGGUGGUGUUAGGGAAAAGCGUUUUCUUACUAGCUGACGAUGUUCUCUGAAACUCUAUUUGGUAACCGUGAACAUGUUUUUGAUGUAGUGAUCAGGUCACUCUCGACUCAGCAACAACGUUCAAGAGAAUUAUCAAAAAAAGUUAAGCCUAAAUCUUGUUUAACAAAAUUUUAUUCAAGAUAUGAAUCACGGACUACGGAAUACGGACCCAUGCACAUUUCUUCAUGCAUGUCGCACGCUGGUUCAACGCGCCGAUUAUAGGCUACUGAAUGCACAUACAUUGACAUGCCUUUGCGCUAUUACUUCUUACUCGGUCCUCUUCUUAAGGGCACAUAAGGCAUUAUUCAUCAGUUUUCACGCUGUUCGGUCAGCAGCCUGAAUUACAUGCAUAUCUUCUGGUGUAGGAGUAGAAAAUGUUCCGCAGGAAAAAGUUUCCAGCCCUAUUGUAUUCUGACUAAUUAUGGUAUAUGGCUCUAUAGAAGCCAUGGUCGUCAAUAGCUAAGAGAUUAAAGCGCGUAAAAGAACCAUGUGUUCCCCUGACACUUUAUCCUUGGCCAUAUCAAACUUCUACACUGGUUGUCUUCCUUUUAAGUAGUUUUUGUCAAAGACGAUAGACGGGGCUGGCGGUAAAACCAAAUCGUCACCUUAGUUAGCUUGCGAUUUGCUAGGGGGCAACAACACGUUUCAGCGUUAGGUGCUCCGGUCGCAGCGGACUAGCCUCGUCCCGUCAUCCGGGAAAGACGAUUAGUGUGACGAAAUUGACUGCAAGUAUGGGUCAAAGGAGAGCUAGACGACGGAUGCCAUUUUCUUCUUAAAUGUCCCGUGCUUAUAGUGUCUGCGUCAUAAAUAAAUUCAUCUAGUUCCUCUUGGCAAUUGUUGAGGUAAUGUGCAUUACCGCACCUAAUAAUUAUGUAAGAACAGGAUUCAGAAAAUCUUAUUGAAGCAUCGAAGGUUAGAGAAUAUCAAUGACUAGGGUACCGAGUA